AUGUUUCGCCAAGUAUUCUACUUUAUCGCCUUCCUCCUCACCCUGCAGCUUGCAUCGGCUGUCACACUCAAUGACUUUACGCCACGCGUGAGCGGGCUUACAGGUGCUUGUGAGAUCAUCUACACCGCUGAGAUUGACGGCUGUGCCGGUGACGACUUUGCACAGAAGGCAGGAUGCUCUACCUCUUGCAUCUCAGCCCUCAUCGCAGUGAGCAAAAAGGUCAACGCCGCAUGCCAUAGCCAGGCGAAAGGCAGCAGCAACAUCAUCACCGCCUUCCUCGAUGACUCUGGCGUCUCAAAGCUAUGCCCCAACGCCGUGCAAGUCGCAGCACAGUACUCAACGUCCAUCUCCAUCGGCUCGAGCACUAUGAUACUUACGACUGUGCCUUCAAUCAACACCCAAAUCAUGACCGACACGUCGAGCGAAAUGACCAGCAUCGUCAUUUCGACAGCAACUAUUCAACCACUACCAGACACAAGCUCAUCGACUGACGAGGCCGUUUUCACUGGGUUGACCUCGACCAUCACGGGCACCUCCCUCGCCUUUGCUACAACCACGCCGUCCUCGGUGAUUGAAGCCACCAUGCACCCUACCCUGUCAUCGAAAUCUCAAUCGACUCAAGCUGCUCAGCAUACACAGAAAGAGACCUCUAACGAUGGCUCACCUUUCGACACAUCAGCAGCCCACAGAGACAGCAGCGCGUCCUACCUGAUACUGCUGAGCGGUUUCCUCGCCAUCCUAUGCCUCUAUUGA